AGCCACACAACUUUUCAGUGCUUUCACCAUCUUCUAGGCGCAGACGGGCCGGCAUCACAAUCUCUCACUCAAACCUCACCAUUCUCUCGCCUUCACCAUACACACACCUUCAACUUCGGAUCCCUGCCCAGAAGUGAAGAUGAUUCCCAUCCGUCCCAAACCCGACGGCAACAAAUCCGAUGACAGCGGCUCUCCACCCCGCCGCGACAAACAAGCCGUCCAAGCCCCCUCCCCUUCCCGCAUCGCCAGCAAACCCGUCCCCGAGCGCCAGCUCCGCUCCCCGCGCGAGUACCAAAUCGACCAACUCAAGCGGCGCUUCUCACCCAAGGAGACCACCGACUCCAGCACAGGCGAGACCUCCCUGCUCUUCUCCCUCAAACCCUCGGACCCGGAUUUCCCGUACGAUUUGGAGAAGCUGGAAUGCGAUCUGAGGAUCCCCGAAGAGUAUCCCAAGCAGCCGGCGAGACUGCUGGUGAGGAAUAAAGAUAUCCCGCGCGGGUUUGCGGUGAAUAUUGAGCGCGGGUGGGAUCGAUUGGUGGAGGAGAGGAAGGGGAAGGGCUUGAAGGGCGGAACGACGUUGUUGGCGGUUAUGAAUGCGUUAGAUCGUGGGCUGGAAGGGUUUCUGGCGGAGGAGAAGAAGGAGACGGUUAAGAUUACUGUGUUUAAGGAUUCAAGGCACUUGGAGGGUGAGCCGAGCGGGGUGGUUGGGAAGGAGGUAAUUAAGGAGGUACCAAAGCCGCCGGUAGAGCAACCGAAGCCGAGGCCCUAUAUCCCGCUGGAGGUCUUCACGAGAGAUCAGAUCGCCGAAGCCAAGGCCAGGAGAGCGCAGGAGGUGCGCCAGCUGGAGGCCAGGAUGAGCAGAUUGCCGCUUUAUCACAAGUCGAGCGACGGGGUGAUUUACACGUUGCCGCUGGAUCCGAAGAGGAGGAGCAGUUUGCCGCCGGGUCUGCAGAGUGUGCAUUCGGUGCAGCUGGUCAUUCCGCUGCUGUACCCGCUGCAGCCGUUGAGGGUGUUGUUGAAUGAUGUCGAUGCCAACGAGGCCGAGGCGGUGGAGGAGCUGUUUACGCAGAAGGCGGUGGAGCAGAAGCAGAUGAGUCUGACGAGCCAUUUGAAUUAUUUGGCGACCAAUUUACAUGCUUUGGCGAAGCAGGCGGCGCAGCAGAAGUUGCAGGAGAUGAAAGCUGCUGCUGCUCUAGAAGAGGAGGAGGGGAGGAAGAAGGCGGCGGAUGAAGAGGCCAAGGAGGCAGAACAUGUAGCUUCGGCGGUAGUUGGAGAAAGGGGACAUGUACAUGUCAUUCCCAGACCUCUGGAAUGGACGCUCGUCAACGCCGGUGGCUCUUCCGAAUCAGAAUCCGAAACCGACUCCGACGACGACUACGAGUUUGUCGACGGUGAAGGCAACACCUCCGCCCUAACACCCGGCACCACCCUCCCCACCGCCACCGCCGAGCGCGGCACCGCCAUCUCCUUCCCCUCCAUCGAGCUACACGGCAUCGAGCUCCUCCAAGUACCCCUGCUCUCGCUCUCCGUCAAAUGCAACCGGUGCAAAACCCUCAACGACAUGACCUCGCUCAAAUCCGACGUCGAAAAGCUUGCCUCAUGCAAAAAAUGCGCCACCUCCUUCACCGUCCGCUUCCGCGCCGAGCUCGUCCACGCCAACUCCACGCGCGCCGGCUUCAUCGAUCUCUCCGGUUGCACCAUAGCCGACAUGCUCCCCUCCUCCUUCAUCCCCACCUGCGGCCGGUGUUCCACGCCCUACCCUUCCCCGGGCUUCGUCUCGGUGAGGGGCGAAACAACCACCAACGUGUGCAGGGAAUGCCACGCGCGCUUCACCUUCAAAAUCCCCGACGUCAAAUUCCUCACCUACAGCACCUCCUCUUCUUCUUCCUUACCCCCCACCCAGGGCCCCAAGCGCAGAGACCAAAAGUUAGGUCUCCACGCCGGCGAGCCGCUCCCCGACAAGGGCGCCUGCGCGCACUACAAGCGGUCGUACCGGUGGUUCAGGUUCAGCUGCUGUAAUAAGGUGUAUCCGUGCGACAAGUGUCAUCAGCAAGCGGAAGAUCAUGUGGAUGAGUGGGCGAACAGGAUGAUUUGCGGGUGGUGCUCGCGGGAGCAGAAUUAUCGGGUGGAGAACUGUGCGUUUUGCGGGAGGAGCGUGGUGAGGAAGCGGACGGGCGGGUUUUGGGAGGGCGGGAAGGGGACGAGGGAUAAGGUUUUGAUGAGGAGGGGUGAUAGGAGGAAGUAUAGGAAUAAGAAGGAUGGUAACAAAGUCAACAAAUAAAGGCAGCGCAAGGAUAUAGGGGAUGGUAUGGGGUUUCUCUGGUGUUGUUGCGUUCAUAUCACUAGCAUGGCAUAGCAUGUUUACGGCGUUGGUCAUGACGCGUUAUCAAAAUACCUUACUGUUUAACUCCAAAAUCAUGCUCUCCGAGCUGAUCGAAUUGUAGGUAUUGACAUUCGCUACCAAAGAAGCCUUCUCUACGUUUACGUCUUGUAGGCACAAUUCCCGAUAUAA